AUGCCUCCGAAGAGGCGAAGUCGCAAAGAAGAAUCUGACAGUUUCCCCCUCAUUAACGAUUAUAAAACAUUUCUCGACAGAGCAAGAGAAGAGUUUCAAGCCAAGUUUACAAUGAAUACGUUGUCAUCAGUGACCUUGGAUGAUUUUGAACGCCUCAAGACUCUCGGAACGGGUGCUUUUGGACGCGUCUUUCUCGUACGAAACAAGAGACAGGGUACUUACCAUGCCCUGAAAGUUUUGGAUAAGGGUCAAAUCUACAAAAUGAAGCAAAUAGAACAUACUUUAAACGAGAAAAGGAUAUUAUUGACCAUAAGAUUCCCCUUUAUUAUAUGGAUGGACUUUUUCUUCAAGGACAAUAGUAACUUGUACUUCGCUAUGCCGUUUGUUAGUGGUGGUGAAAUGUUUACGCACUUACGAAAAUUUGGAAAAUUUCCAGAAGAACAAGCAAAAUUCUAUGCGUCGCAAGUUGUGUUGGGGUUAGAAUUUCUACAUAAUGUAGAUGUUGUGUAUAGAGAUCUGAAACCUGAAAACAUUUUGAUUGACAAAACCGGUUACUUAAAGAUCACCGACAUGGGCUUCUGCAAAGUGGUGAAAGGAAGAACUUGGACUUUAUGUGGAACACCAGAAUACAUAGCACCGGAGAUUAUAUUAAGUAAAGGUUAUGGGAAGCCUGUUGACUGGUGGUCAUUUGGAGUGCUGAUUUAUGAAAUGGCAGCUGGUUACCCUCCAUUUUACUCUCCUGAUCCCAUGAAAAUUUAUGAGAAAAUUGUUUCUGGAAAAUAUCGCAAUGCAGGACACUUUAGUCCGGAUAUUAAAGACAUGAUUGCUCAUUUGUUGACAGUAGAUCUUAGCAGGAGAUAUGGCAAUUUGAGGGGCGGUCCAGAUGACAUAAAGCAACAUAAAUGGUUCAGAACAUUAGAUUUUUUGAGUAUUGUAAAUAGGAAAGUCGAACCACCGUUUGUACCAAAAACCAAAAGCCCCACAGACACAAGUAAUUUUGAGAAUUACGAAGAACUUCCGAUAGAGGUAGCCAGUGUAGAACAACUUCCAAAAGAGUUUAGUGAAUUUUGA